GGUGUUAUCAUUUAGAAAUGAAUUACAACAUACACUUCGGGCAUGACAAUCACUUUAUUGUUUCGGAACCAAUGAUUUAACUACAAAUUAUUCAAUCAGCUUAAUACCCCAAUUUUUCAGCUGUAGAGCAUUUAUUUCCGUUGUAAAACAAAUAAUGACGAAGACUAAAAUCAAGACGUUCAUAUGAAAUUUACCAAACCACCAAUAAUUAUACAUAGUUUGUGGGGUCAUUGUACCACUCUUUUUCAAAGCAUCUAUUCAUCAACUAUGCACAUCCAAGCAUAUUGUUAAUUGUAUAAUGUAUACUCCGCUUCAUCAAAAAAAAAAAAAAAAAAAUGUAUACUCCGUAUAAUAUUAUAAAAAGUACACCUUCCUACGCUCCCAUUACUUUCGUCUGUCUAAUCAUAUUAGAUACUGACUUUUCUGCUUCAUCAAAUUAUGUACUAUUUCAGAAUUUUAGGUAGAAUAGUAAAAGAUGGUAUUCCUCUUUCAAUAUAGGAUAGUCUGCUACUAGUUCCUUUUCAGUAUUUUAUCAGCUUCUGGGAUUGAGAUUUGUUAACGCAAGUAUGAAAUUUUUAUUUUAAUUACGCGUAUUAUAAAAACUGUUGAAGCCAGCAAGCAUAGUGUUUGUUAGGUAACUUUCGUUAUAUUGUAAUAGAAAGAAUGAAGGCAUUUGAUGUUGAUAUUGAAUCUGCAACGGAGGCGAUAGAGGUUAUCAGAAGUGAUCAGUCCUCCCCUAGCCUUGGGUUUAUGGAGUCCCUAACCAUGCCGGAUGUGCAGGAGGUUGUUUUAUCAGCAGACGUGAGGUGCUCUGACUGUCAGAAGAGGAUUCUCGACAUGAUCUCUCGUUUUGAUGAAACAGAAUCUGUGGUGGUGAAUUUGUCAGAAAAGAAGGUGGCUAUCACUUGUAAGUACAUCAAAGGCUCAAAGAAACAAAUUAUUGCCCGUCAAAAGAUUACCUUCGGCAAGGUGGCUUUGAUUAAGCGAAUAUUUGGAUCGUCAAGGACUUAAACUUUCUGGUCUGAAUCAUCCAUGAAGCGCCGCCAUAAAGUAGUAAUGUAAGUAAACAGAUUGGAAUAGAGCAGGGUACCUGUAUAGUGAAAACUCUUCUUUUUCUGAUCUUUCAGAACUUCUCCUUUUCUGGUGUGUGAAGGUUUGUUACUUGAGUGUUAUAAAAUUGAUCAAUUUAAGAUGUCAAUUCUUCCUUUCAUUUGUUAUUCUUAUGAUACAUCACAUUAUCACGUCUCUUUGCAAUUGUCGGACCUCUUAGCUAACGGGGUGUCUGAAACUUACUCAGAAACCAAAUUUUACAAUGUUUAUGUGCUAUUGUAAUACGGAAAAACACAGGCGCUAGCCUCAAGGUAGAUGCCAUGAUAACGCGCUGCAUGCAGUCCCGAGAAUGAUUAGGCUAGGCAAGCCAGAUUCUUGAGAAUAACCAAACUCAAAAAUUUAGUUUUAGGUUUUGUACAGGAGGCCAAGUUUAUGGACGAAGAAACAUAAAGGAAUACUUAAGAAAACCUUAGCCCAUCUAGGAGGAUAUUCUAAUUACUUAUCAAUACACUAUGAUAUGACACAAAAUUCGUGCACCAUAUAUAUAUGCAACACAUCAUUCCAUGUUAACAAUCUCUAUCAAAUAGAAGCAGAAUCAGAUUCCAAAAUGAAACCCCAAAAAGUAAAACAGAAUUUCUUCAGUAAAUUCUUAAAUUUCUCCUGCUCAAAUCCUAAUAAUAAAACAAAAGUUACAGGCCAAGUUGCUCCAGUUGUUUGGUCCAACCCUCAUGAAAUUUCUAUGUCAACAAAGUAUUGUUGCAUGCUAAUGAGAAUCUCAAUUGACUGCAAAGGGUGUUACAAAAAACUUAGAAGAACUCUUCUCAAUAUGAAAGAGUUGGAAACACAUGUGAUAGAAAGACAAUACAACAGAGUAAGCGUGUGCGGGAGAUUUAGGCCAUCUGAUGUGGCCAUAAAGAUUAGGAGAAGGAUGAAUCGAAGGGUGGAGAUUUUGGAAAUACAAGAGUUUGAUGAAGGAAUUCCCCAAGAACAACCCCUUGAUAAUCAACCACCUAUGGGAAAUGGUCAUUCUCAUGCUCAUGUUGCAUGAUGUAUAGAUUAAUUUUUAUUUAUGAAGCCGGUAGUUGACCUAACUAAGUACAAAGAUGUUGAUAUGGGCCAAACUAGUGUUGGCUGAAAGGUUAUUGGUUUUAUGUUCGAUAACAAUAUUUAAAUUAAAAGUCCCUAGAAUGUAAAUUAGAAAUACAAAGAAGUUUUAAAUUUGGUUUUAUAAUGUAAGUGUGAAUAUACACAUACCAAAAAUUCUAGCUACUAA